UCGCGCGCGUCUCGACGCGACGAUAAGAAAAAGCUUAAUUUUACCAUACAGUGUGUUGCGAUCGAUCGUUUCAAGAACUUCCUGAUACAGUUACGAGGAAAAUAAACGAUAUUUGGCACUUGUUUAUUUUGCGCUCUUUUUGACCGUAAAAAAGAAACAUUUUUUUAUUUUAAAUAUACCAGCUCAUCUCGACACUCGAAAGUUCCGCAGCGCGCGCAUUUGCAUUAAUUCCGCAUUUAACAGAUCGCGAUGUCGGUUUCCCUGCACGAAAUAAGGUACAUGCCCAAGUACUGGAGCAAAAGAUUCAAGCCAGCCGAGUUGGUCGACGAAUUUUUUCACUACGGUUUCAAUAUCACGAAGGAAGUGCGACGUACCACGAGGAACGAGCUCGACAUUCCCUACGACUCCGGAAAGAGAACCAAGUACGACAUCUACGGAACUAAUUUGCCCAAAGACGCACCGUUGAUGGUUUUUCUGCACGGCGGCUACUGGAAGGAGUCGAGCAAGGACGUGUCGGGUUACGCCGUGCCGAGCUUCGUCGCUCAAGGAAUCAGGGUCAUCGUCGCCGGAUACGAUCUUUGUCCGGACGUGACCUUGACGGAAAUCGUGCGCCAGGUCAAGGUGUUGGCGUCGAAAGUCCUGGAGCAGGCGCACAGCUGGGGAUCCAAGUGGUGCGUAUGGUUCGUUGGUCACAGCGCCGGCGCGCACUUGUUCUCCUGCUUACUGAACGACCGGGCCUGGUUCGAGCUGAACUCGGGGCUCCGUCCGGAGCAUCUGGCGCUGCUGCGAGGCGUCGUCCUCGUCAGCGGCCUGUACGAGAUCGAACCGGUGCUGCGCACCAGUAAUCAGGAGACGCUUAAACUGACUAAAGAGGAGGUAAGGAACUUUUCGUUUUGCCCUCACGACGAAAGCGAAGAAGUCGACCAGGAUACCUUGGACUAUGCGCAACAUAUAAAGAUAAUCCUGGUCGCUGCCGACUCGGAGUCGCCGGCAUUCAUCGAGGAUUCCAGACGCUACGCUCGCAGGUUGAUUAAAUUGAUCGACAGAGUGGAAUUCCUGCUGGUACGAGAUAAUUACGAUCACUUCAACGUCGUUGAAGAUCUAACAAAAAAUGAUUACGUGUUGACUCGAUUGAUAAUUAAUAAUAUAGAAAGUACGAAAAACUGGAGCAAGGCUGAGAAGAAAUCUUGCAACUGAGCUCUUACUCCGACAACUGAAACAAAAGAAAUUAAAAA